UAGCAAAUAGCUUUUGGUUUUGGUCAGUGAAAAAUAGAGUAGACAGAGAGUAAUCAGCACAAUGAGGUAUACUUUGGUGAUCGCCAUCUUGGGGGCCCUGCUUGUGGCUGCUAUAGCGCUGCCACGCCGUCAAUUCCGCAGGCCUACCAAGGUGAGCACUCUGUGCUGUACUAGAGUUAACAAUGCCGUCAUCCGCAACAUCACGAGUGCCAGGGCCCAGAGUGCUCUGCAUCCAUGUGUAGAGGCUAUUGUCUUUACCACCAAUGAUGGAAAACAGUUCUGCACCAAUCCAAAAGCCCCCUGGGUGCCUGAUGUUCUGAGAGCUCUGAUUAUGACCAAUUGAACAAGACUGGAGUUCUAUAACACAUCACCAAGGAAGUGGAAACAGUGAAAUGAAUGUUAUACUUUUCAAAAAUGAGUGUUAAAUCAAAACUGAAUAUCACUGUAUGUUUUUGCUGACUUCAACAAAAUGUGUUUGAUAGAUUUUUUUCUCACACACGCUUAAGCAUAUGCUCAUGCAUGCGCGCUCACACACACACACGCACGCAUGCACGCGCGCACACACACACACACUGUAUGUAUGUCUGUUCUGUAUUACA